UGUUUAGUAACAGGAAGAAGUCUUGUUUAUAUGGCUAGUAUUUCCUGUUCCACGCAACACAAACCUAGCUGAGGGAAGCGAAAUGAUUUUUAGGAGUUUUGGAAGAUAACUUGCUUUUUUCUAAGAUUAAGUUGUUGCCUUAGUGCAACAUUAACAUAAAUUCCUGAGCCGAACCUCGUCACUGAGAGUGAAUCCGUGUAAAUGGCGUCCACCAAUGAUCCAUUUCAAUUCCAGGAAUUUGAAGAAGCCGGCAAUCUGUUAGAAGCCAACAGAGAUGCAGUCACCAUUAGCAUUGAGGAUGAAGAUGUCAAACCCGAGAAGCAGAGAAAAGCUGCUGGUUUCACUGCUGAUGAGGAGGAAGAGGACCCACUUGCCGGUGACAAGACAGAGCUUCUCUCUGGGCAAAAGAAGAAUGCCCCUUUCUGGACGUUUGAGUACUACCAAAGAUUUUUUGACAUCGAGACCCAUCACGUGAAGGAAAGGAUAAUUGGAUCAAUGGUACCAUGGCCUGGAAAGAACUUCAUUCAUGUCUACCUGCGCAGAAAUCCUGAUCUUUAUGGACCAUUCUGGAUUUGCACCACUCUUGUGUUUGCCAUUGCCAUCAGUGGAAACAUAGCCAACUUUCUGGUGCACUUAGGCAAACCCAACUAUAAGUAUACCCCAGAGUUUCAAAAAGUGACCAUAGCUGCAACAGCGAUCUUCAGCUAUGCUUGGUUGGUGCCCCUUGCCCUCUGGGGUUUCCUGCUAUGGAGAAACAACAAGAUCAUGAACUUGGUGUCGUACUCCUUUAUGGAGAUUGUCUGUGUGUACGGAUAUUCGCUUGCGAUUUACAUUCCAGCAGUGGUCUUAUGGAUUCUCCCAUAUGAAUGGCUGAGGUGGUGCUCCAUUGUGGUGGCCCUUUGCCUCUCCGGCUCAGUUCUGGUGAUGACUUUCUGGCCCGCAGUCAGGGAUGACCACCCCAAAGUUAUCAUAGCAAUCAUGUCAGCCAUCGUUGUGCUCAACGUUCUGCUUGCCGUUGGUUGUAAGGCCUAUUUCUUUAGCAGUCCAGAACCAGCACUAUCAGUUGAAACUGCAGCAGCGGAGAUCAAGACAACGUCUUCGACAUGAAAGCCUUUCAUUGUCUGAAGGUUCUCCUGUUGCCUUAUUAGAGAGAAUCAGGUUGCUGUGGUGAUGAAGUCAUGGGUCGUCUGGAUUUCACCUGCACUUGAACAUUCAGGCUUAGGACCUUAGAACCUAGUGUGUCUGCUUGGUUCAACUGUGUGACCUCUGAAAAUGAACACUGGUACCAAGUAUGUUAUUUCUAAUGGGAUGGGUCUAAAAUUCCUUUUGAUAAAUGCGGUAUGGUGUUACACAGCACAAGAGAUCUCUUUUAGUAAGAUAGUUUUCCGCUUUAUGGGUCUUCUGUUGAAAUAUUUAGAUAACCAGUCUGUGCGGUAAUGUUGGCGGCAUCAAAGGCAUUUUGUAUAUGAAUUUUUUAUAUUCUGUUAAUGGUAACAGGCUAGUAGGCUUUGUAUGUAUGAACAGCACAACAAUUAUAGGUGUUGGGAAGAUAUUCAAGGGUUGGACUUAUUAUGUACAAAUAGAGUUACUGUAUUGUCCUCCAACUGUUGUAACCAUAAGUGCCCUCAACUAAUGCCAAAGACCCAUUCUAUGUGUAUAUAAAAAAAAAACGUGUGUAACUUUUUUUUAAAAAUCAGUUUGUUUUUUCGAUGAACUGCGUUUGAUACAAUGUAUGAAAUUUAAUUUGUUUGUGCUCAAUUAGUGUUUCAUGGGGGAAACAAAUAAAACACUUUGUGGGACCCA